AUGUCUUUGUUGCCUGAUUCCAGGCAGCGUGCCCCCUUCGCCCAUCAAUCAUCAUCAGCAGACCUUAGAUCAGCUCAAAACCUAUCUUCAUUACGAUCACCCCCUUCAUCAUCUCAUUCUCAAGCACCAUGGAUCCCAUCUAGCAUAUCGCCAGAACCUCAGUCAAACCAGCACCAGCAGAGCUAUCGACCUGAGAAAUCAUCUUCGUUAUGGGGUGCGCCAUUGACCAGGAAAGAUAGUAACGAUUUGUCACCUGGUGGAUAUGCAGAUAACCCAUAUGGUUCAUCUGUACCUGGGAAUUCAUAUUUGGUGGAUGGUUCAACAGGUCAGCGAAGGAAUAGUAUAUCAGCAUCAUCGAGUAGAGCAUCAUCACCUGGUCCAUUUUCAUUACCUCAAUUCUCCAUACCUGGAUUCGCGACUAUCCGAUUCGUUUCACUAUGUUUCUUAUGGUAUACCUGUUCAGCGGUGUCGAACAAUACUGGGAAAGUCAUUCUCAACAACUUUAAGUACCCGGUGACAUUGACGAUAGUACAGUUCUUCUUCGUCGCUGGGUGCUGUAUAAUAUGUAGUAGACCAGAACUGGGAUGGACACCUAGAUUGAGGUCACCUACGAGGGCGAUAUUGAAGGGAAUCUUACCUAUGGCCGCUUUUCAAGUUGGAGGUCACAUCUUUGGUAGUUUGGCGAUUAGUAGAGUUCCAGUCAGUACGGUACAUACCAUCAAGGCCCUCUCACCCUUAUUCACCGUGAUGGCAUAUGCUUUACUGUUCGGUGUCUCCUACUCCCCUGCGACUUACCUUUCCCUGCUCCCACUCACUCUCGGAGUGAUGCUCGCCUCUUCAGCCGAUAUAUCAUUCAACAACUUUUUCGGUCUGGUAUGCGCUCUUGGUUCUACCGUCAUCUUCGUCACGCAAAACAUCUUCUUCAAGAAGAUCAUGCCAACUCCCGGAUCUACCGAGACUGGUGGAGCUACCCCGAAACUUGACAAGAUUAACCUCCUGUAUUUUUCAAGUGGGAUGGCGUUCCUCUUGAUGAUCCCCGUAUGGCUUUACUCGGAUGCUUGGAGAUUGUUGGACCUAUGGCUUCAUCCUAUAGCCAAGUCAGGUGGACCAUCCGUCUCGUUCUACUUCUUCAUCAAUGGCACCGUCCACUUUGCUCAAAACCUUAUCGCAUUCUCCUUACUCUCCUCGACAUCGCCAGUCACCUAUUCUAUCGCCUCGCUCGUCAAACGUAUAGCGGUGAUCUGUCUGGCUAUCAUCUGGUUCAAACAAUCUGUAUUCUUCGUACAGGCAAUGGGUAUUGCUCUCACCGCAGUGGGGCUGUGGAUGUACAACAACGCGAAGAGAGAUGUGGAGAAGGGUGAAAAGAAGAUGAGGCAGGUGGAAGCAGUCAGAGAAGGAAUGUUACCUACUACCAAAGUCGAUCAGAGGAUAUUAGAAGGUAGAGCGAAUCUUGAUCCUUUAGCUUAUGGAGGUAAAGCUUCACCUAAACCUACUUAUCCUACGAAUUACAAUCAUCAACUGCAAAUGCCUCUAUCAACCUCGACUUCGUUCAAGAAAGCUUUAUACACCCAGCCGCCACCCCCUCCGACAUCUCGCAAUACGCAUACCAACGCCGAAGCUUCUUACCCUUCACCACCUAAUUCCACAACUUCUUCACCCCCUGCUGAACCAGUAUUCACCAAUUCACAUCCUCGUCAUCGAAGAUUAUCUGAAUCUAAACAGGAUGGCUUCCGUCUACCUCCCGCUAUCACUGCCAGAUCAAGUACCAUAGAGGAAGAGGGAUCAGGCAUGUCCAUGGAUACCGCUAAAGUAGGCAUCGUCGCUUAA